AUGGCUGCCUCGUGGAUGUUGGAAGAGUGGAAGGCGUUUUUGGAGGGCAUCGUGGUAGACCCGGUAUACCAUGACGUCUUGUCGCUGCUCAAGACGGCGCGCAACGGCGCAGUCUACGGGACAAAAGUGCGCUUUCCGCACGCGCUGGUGAUGAUAUUCCUCUUCCGGUCCGGAACGUUCCGAGAAAAGGCGUCACUGGUCUUUCGAGCAACGAAGAAGCAUGCCACGAACCUGGCCAAGUUUGCUUCCAUAUACAAGAUUACAAUGCUGGCGCUGAAACGCUACGGCGCCACACCAGGCAAGGAGGGUAUGAUCUCUCUCUUCCCCAUACGUCCUCUCUCUCUAGCCCUCUUCAUAUGUGUGUUCCAAUUCAUCAAUCCUCUUACUCACACGCUGCCGCGGACAGGCCCCUUCGACUCCUUCUUCGGCGGUCUCCUCGGCGGCUACAUCGUCUUCGGCCAGCGCUCCAAGCGCUACGGCAAGAUCUCGUCCGUCAGCCAGCAGAUUGUCAUCUACAUCUUCGCCCGCGUCGCCCUGGCCCUGGCGCGCAUUGCCGUCAAGCCCGGCCACGGCCUGCCCGUCGUGUCGAGCGAGCCGUUGCACUCGCAAAUCACCCACUACGCCUGGCCCGCGUUUGCGUCGCUGUCGUGGGGCAUGGUCAUGCUGCUGUUCAAGCACCACCCGGAGGAUCUGCAGUCGAGUUUGAGGAGCAGCAUGACUUAUAUCUAUAAGGACUGCGAUAGCUGGGACUCGCUGAGGACCUUGCUCGGCGCUGCCCCGCCAAAACCAGCUCCAAUUCAUCUCCAGGCAACACACGCAUCGACUCUAAUCUCUUUCAACUCCCAUCUUGACACAUCUUCAACCACAAUCUCCAUUCCCGCCAUGGUACCCAAUCCAAAGCUCGCCGCCGCCCUCUCUGCCGCAGAAGCAGACUCUGGCGAAAAAGGCGCCAUCUACGAGACCAUCCUCGCCGACAUCCAGACUCUCGCCUCGCCAACCACCGCCGCCGAUCUCGAUGCCAUCUUCGACUCCUUCUUCGGCCAGAGCCUCGGCCUCGUGGCCUCGCGGUCUUUCCUGACCACCUUUGUCGCCACCCUCAAGAGCAUCGAAAAGGAGAGCCUGUGGAUCGAGGUCGGCAACCGCACGCUGAACAGACUGGCCGCCCAGCCGUCGUCCUUCUUCGAUGCUGCCGCCACCAUCUACGAGCUCGUGGCCACGGCCCACGAGAACAACGAGGACUUCCUCGAUGCUGCAAAGGCACUCGCCGAGAUUCCGCUGGAUAGCUCUCAGAGGAAAGUCUCGGACGCGGACAAGGCGCGCGUGUGGGUUCGCAUCGUCCGGAACUACCUCGAGGUGGGCGACGACACCGCCGCCGACAUGUACAUCAACAAGCUCAAGAACAUCAUGCACACCGUCUCGGACCCGGACCUCAACCUGCACUUCCGCCUCUCGCAGGCCCGCAUCCAGGACGCCAAGCGGGACUUCCUCUUCGCCGCCCAGCGCUACCACGAGAUCAGCUUCUUCCCCACCGUCGCCGAGGAGGAGCGCCUUCACACGCUGAGCAUGGCCGUCAAGUGCGCCAUCCUGGCCCCCGCCGGGCCCAUGAGGAGCCGCAUCCUCGGCAGGCUGUACAAGGACGAGAGGUCGGCGCAGCUCGACGAGUUUGGCAUCCUGGAGAAGAUGUUCCUCGACCGCCUGCUGUCGCCCGCCGAGGUGGACAAGUUUGCAGAGGGCCUGCAGCCGCAUCAGCUAGCCACUACCGCCGACGGAUCGACCGUUCUGGCAAAGGCGGUUGUUGAGCACAACCUGCUCGGCGUGUCGAGGCUGUACAACAACAUCCAGUUUGGUGCCCUGGGCGCGCUGCUUGGUCUGGACGCCGACAAGGCCGAGGAGACGACCGCACGCAUGAUUGAGCAGGGCCGGCUGGUUGGUCGCAUGGACCAGCUUGAAGGCAUAGUUCGAUUUGAGGGUGGCGAGGCUUCUGGCGAGAAGGGCAGCGGCCGUGCCGAGGUUGCCAUAGGCAAGGAGAUGCGCAGGUGGGACGCCAACGUCGAGAGCCUGGCCGAAGAGGUGGAAAAUGUCAUCAAUUCCCUGCAAAAGGAGUUUCCCUCCUUUGUCGCAGCGAAUCUUGUGGCCUGA